AUGUCAGAGGAUGUUGCAAUUGACAUUAAUGAAGAAUUGCUCAACUUAAGCUCAACCUUGGCGGAGAAUCCUGCUCAUUUGUCAAUCAUUUUUGACAAACUUGCUUUUGACCAAAAUGCCUUGAGUCUUAUUGACGGAAUACUAAAUGAACACAGCAAGUUGGUGUAUCGCAACCUAGUAUCACAUUCGCCGUUGCAUACGCUUGCGUUGUUAAAGUCUAUGAUAGAAUGGAAUAAUGGUUUCGCCUGUGCUCGUGUCUAUCAGGCUUUCGAAUGGCAUAAUAAAGUUUUUACUAAGAUGCUUCAAGCUGCAACUCAACAAGGGAACAUACGUCAAAAAAAAUCUAGAAUUGCUGUGUCCAAAAAGCGAUCUGCAUUUAUACAGGUUCUCAUUUCCUUGCUUCGAUACUUGACUGCUGAAGCAAAGAUGGAGCUGAUGAAAACCCAUUCUUUAGUCACACCUCUUUUAAAGGGUGUUACUAAUGAUGAAGCUGUUAUAGUUAAACAGUUGCUACAAUGUUUCCUCACACAUAUUGUUGAUGACUCUUCCGUAUCUCGUAGCGCAAAGGUCUCCUUUUUCAAUGAGUGGGUUCUUGGAACAAUGCUUCCUCUAUACUCUAGAAUGGAAACUUUAGGCGAGAAAACUUUGCGUGAAUAUGUGCACGAAUUUUAUGAACGUCUGUGUACAAUUCCGAACCAAGGCAUUUGCUUCGAAUCUGUUGGCUGGCACAGUCCCGCAAAAACGGAAACAUCUAACAGCUCGGUGUACAACCGGGUUUUGUUGGCUUUUCUGCCUCAGUUGCAUGUUCUUACUGAUCCACUACAACAGGAUUUGUGCCUAAAGGUCCUCAGUGUCUGUCCGGAUAUUACAUAUGCUUAUCUUCAACGCAUGAACUUUCCAGGUGAUUCCGUCUUAACCUUUCAAUUCAUAUCAUACAUGGGCUUUUUGCAAUCGAUUCUUGCACUUCCUAUUCCUUCACCUUUCUUGUCUCCUUCCUCUAGAAAGCCUGCGAACAUGAAUGUAAUAGUUGAGAACAUCGCUCCAAAUGGUUUUCCUAAACCUUCUGUUUUGCGGUGUUUGAAUGGCGGAAAUGAGCUUUCGUCUUUUCUCACGUGCAAUAUCUUGAUUGCUAUUUUGAAGCGUUUUAAAAAUGUUCUGUUUAUAGCCAAAAAAGAGAUUGAAAGUCAUACAGAGCUUUUGAAACUAAAAUCUACACUCUCCGACGCAGUUCUCCGUCGUCUCCCUGAUGCACAAUCCCUCUUUCAGACGUUCUUUUCAGCAAAGACACUCCUUCUUAAGGAAGCUCUUUCGGAACUUCUUUGCAUGUAUUUCGACUUACUGCCUGAAGGUAUCAUGAAACUAAAGGUCGAUGGUACAAUGGUUUUAGAUACUAGUGUUUCCGGAGACAUGUUGACAAAUAAGUUUGUUUACAAUAAUACACAAAACGGCAUAAAACUUCUCAGUAAGCUCCCUCAAGUUCGAUGGUGGGAAGCUAAUGAUUCAAUAUUCUCAUACCUAUGCUCGCUUUACCUUGGAACGGAUUCAUUGCAAAUGCGACAAACAAUUAGCGCUACUAUUUCCGUUAUUUUUUCAGAUUAUCCAUUGUUUUCUGAAGCGCUUUAUGUGGACAAUACGUUACUUAUUCUCGACUCCUUAGAAAGGUUGCCCAUAGAUGCUCGCAGCGAUUCCAUUUCUUUCUUAAAUGAUUGCAUUCAGCGCUGUACCUCAAAAAUAUAUAGACAACUAGAUACCUGCGUUGCCGUUUUCAACACAGUAAGAAAAACUAGUGAUCCAACUAGUAUUCCUAAACUCUCUCCUCUUACUUGUGUUAUAAUUGAGCAACUUGGUUACAAGUUAGCCAACCAAAAUUGGACGAAAGAAGCCAAGGAAUAUGUUCUGAAUUGGACGUUUAAUUUCUUGCAGGACGUUGUGAUUGUUGGUGAAUCAUGCGAGUGCAUACUUCACUUACUAUCUUCAUUGGAAACAAAUCUUGCGCAGGGUGAGAACAAAUUUCUUAACAGGCUUCAGUCUCUUGGUAGACAAUUAACUGCUUUGAGCGAAAAGCGGCUAUUUGAUACUCAGAUGCCCGAAUCAAAUUCCCUUUCUGGUCAGCUUCUUCAACUUGACGAAAACGAACUCUGUAGCUUUUUGUCAUCAAAUGCUGUUGACGAGGCUUACUUAAAUGAGCUUCACUACUUGAUUUUGGAAAUGCGAGUAUCUGUCUCUAUUAAGCAAAAAUCACCUGUUUCCUCUGUGCUUAUCGAACUCCUGCUACGUGUUUUUAGAGUUUUGCUAAAACGUCCUUCCACUAAGUCACAAAACGCUAUUAAAAGUCUUGGCUUGACUUCUGUUUACCUGAGCGAUUAUGUUCUCGUUUCUGAUGAAGUGUCGUUCUACUAUUCAAAAAUACUCAAGGAGCUUGUUUUGGUUCCAGAAACAUAUUAUGUCACUGACCUUGCCAUAAAGCAAGUUUACACGUUUUUAUCAUGCCCAUUUAACGAUGUUUCUUCUAGUACUCUUUCUUUAUUGUGUACUAUGAUGAAUGUCUGUAGCGAAGAUGUGAUUAUUGAGCUGCAUGAUACUGUUGAGAAGCAUGUUCUUUCAGAGCACUUUCUUGAAGAUUGCCCUAUCACGGCGGGUAUAUUAAGUCAAUACUUCCUCAGACUUGUAUCUGUACAGAAUGUCACUUAUGGUGCUUCUGUAAUCGCGACACUUAUUAAAGCAUCUCUAUUAUUAAAUACGGUGCUAAUUGAUGCUGUUACUGCACUUUUCCCCCAUUUCUCAGAAGUGGAUGAAGUUGCAAGCAUGCUAGUGCCCCUUGCUGCAGAGUUCAUUCGAGAAGAUAUGACCGACAAACAAAUCGGUAUUCUCAUAAAGCUAAGCGGUCUUUCUGAGCAAUUCCGUAUGGCAUUAUGGAAUGGGAUAAUACAGCUUCCAGAUGAUUUCCGAAAAACAAACCUCUUGAAACAUCACUUGCUUUAUUCUGGGUUAUUGGAACAACCGGUACGUGAUCAAACGAUUGUGGAAGGCAUAAAUACCUGGUCCUUAGAAGUUGUCCGAACACUAUUCGAGCAAUUACCUACUGAUAAACGUAUUAUGUCAGUUCUUCCCUCUUUUCUUUCAAACGCCAAAAACUCGAAUUUUAAUGGAACGGAAUUCUACAAAAUAGUUCGUGAUUGCCUGUGCUCGGAAACGUUGACUCAAAGUACUCUCAAAGUAUUAAUACUUUUGCAGAGAAAAGAGCCUGAUCUAGAUGCUGAGCUUCUAAAGUCUACUUAUAAUGAACUGUUACAAUUGUUUACACGUUUCUUUUCAGAAAACGGUUACCUCUCGGAUACUGAUAUUGAAACUGUUCGUGGUUUCUUGGAGUACUUAAACCUCAAUCAAGCAGCUUUAAUAAAUAAAACUUUGGUGAGUACUCUAAAUUCUUUCUUGGAAGCCUCACUUAAGCACCUUGCACGCGAAGAGGUAGCGAAUGUUUUCCUCACUGUUGUGUAUAUGAAUGAGGGUGUACCUUUUGAGGCUUCGAAGUUUUUAGCUAUAAUACUAGCCUCAGAAGAAAACCCGUUGCUUUUUGAUACUUCAACUAAGAAACACAAGGCCUUGGUUGCUGCCAUUAUCAGUAAACUUGUUUUGACUUCGCAUGCCUCAUCUUUUUCGAUGAUGAACCAAAUUAUGCUCUUGUGUCAGGGUCGUUACACCUUGCAUGAUUCAAUGUUGCUUUCCACCCUUCGUUGGAUGGAAGAACAGUCUCGGAUAAGCGUUGCUUCCUGUUUCAAUGGAUGGACUGCUACAGAUGAGGUCGAAAUUAUCAAAAUCUGCAGGAAAGACAAGCAAGCUAUUUUUGAGCCCAUGGUAGCUAAACAAACUCUGGAUGAGUUUCCUUCAGGAUUCUCUGUUUUACAUAUCGAUGACUUGCAAGGCGAAAAAACAGUUGACGCGCUUUUGCUUUCUGAGGAUUAUCUUUGGAAUGAACGUGUUUAUCAUCCCGUUUAUGCAUUAAGUUUGCUCGCCUAUAUCCUUCAAAACAGCAAUCAAGCAUCAACUAUCCAGACCCUUGUCUCAAACAAUAUUCUCGGUAUUGCAAUUAUGCUUCUCGCGGUUUAUGAUAUACAAUAUAGGGAUCUCUCUUUGAACCUUCUCCGUCAUGUGUAUAUAACGUUGGAGGACAUGAAAAUGUAUGAGAAGCCUCAACUAAAACUUGUGCUGUCGAGUCUUCUUUUUAACUAUCAAGAAUCGGGCGAGCGUAUGACAACGCUAAUGUCAGCUUUUUACGCCAACAGUUUGGGCCAUUAUGAUGCGACCUUCGCAUUUGCUGUACGAGGGUGUGAACAAAUUCUAUUUACAGCGCCAGCAAAUUGACUUGUCGGAUAUUCCCAUGUACUACGAACUAUUUUACUCUGCUUCUGAUUAUACGAAACGUCUUACAUGGUUGCUUCGCUUGCUGUUAAGAGGUUUACGUACUGCUGACGAUUUGCGUGCUUAUGUUCGGAGACACGUCUUCGAGACACUUAUGACAUUGAUGCAAACUUCGGUUGCUAACAAUGAGAUAUCUGGAUGUGUAGAAAAAUUACUGCUCCAAGUCGAAGCGCUCGGAGGAGGUUCUCUUAUGCUCGAACACAAUGCCCUUCUCGCUCUCUGUGAAUUCAUGCCUUCAGGGAAAGUAACCCGGUAAUUUCACAGGCGUUGCUUAAAGGUUUAUUGCUGUUUAAUUUGAAAAUGCAGCUCUAAGCAUCAAAAUUACCCAUGCAUGUACGCUUUAAAAAAACAUCUCUGGUUUGGUUACUCUCUCUUCAAUUUUUCUAGAAACUUUUUGGUUAAAAACUAUUUGGAUGAACUGUCUAAAAUACAGGAGUCCGUUUCAUUAAAAUCCGUAACGCAAUGACAUUUCGUUUUGCAAAGUCAUUUCCAUAGGGGCAGGAGUGACGAAGAUGUCGGUCUCAUCGACAGACGCCUCUUUUCCUGCAAGAAUCUCUUGAUGCAGUAAUGUGGGACCUCCUAAAGCCAAAGGUCUAAAGUCCUACUCGUGUUAGUUGAUAACAAAAUACCUUAACACAUGUCUCUGGACAGAAAUGUUUCUUUGUUUUGUUAAGUAUAGAUUUCUUCACAAAAAGCAGCGAAAACAAGCAACCUAAGACGAUAACAACGUACCUGAGAAGCAAAUUUGUUUUCAAUUUCACGUCUUACGGGUUCGUGAAUACCGUAAAUACGGCGCAUCAUACCGAGUCGCUUUUGUGUUUCUUUUUGUUCCCAACCAGCAAGUCGCUGUUCCAAAGGAUGUUUGCCUUCUACACUGUUUACAACAGGUGUUAUGGGUUCAAAUACAGAGGCUUUGUAGUUUCCCGAAAUUGUUGACGCGUUGGAUUCCAUUAUAUUUGCAGAGAGUUCGUGUCGUCUACCAGGAGUAGAGUAAAUAAUAGGAUUGUUAGGUCGGUA